AUGUUUUAGUAAAGCCAUUUGGAAUUCCAUGUUUUCCUUCAAUGGACCGGGCAGACCAACAAAUUCGGACAGAUUAGAAGCUGUUGUUGGCUGCCUUUCGACCGCUACGUCUCAGGAUGCAAGAGAUGUCACUGAAUUACCAUUUCACAAUGGAGCAAGAAGUAGGAUCAGUUAUGUAUUUUUUGGAUUAAACGGAACCGGUGGAAGAUUGCUGCCAUUAGGGUGGAAGGACAAGAUGAUGGUGGAGGACAUGAAUCUUGCUGUUCUAGCAGAUGGAUGAAGUGCAACCAUCUCUCAUAUUAGGUGAUGUAGCUGAGAAAAAGAAGAAAAAGAAAACGAAAAAGGUGAAGACCAUUGUCCGUCAUUGGUGGAGUGAGGGCUAUAUUCGAAUAGGACCAUGAUGGUUCAUAUAUCAAAGGAUUGUGCGUUAAACGCAAAAAACAGCAACGUACACUAAUUUAUUUGAUUACUUUCAUUUCUUACAUUACGACAUUAUACUCUUCAAUCUAUCCAGCUAUAUUGUAUUUGAAUGAUAUUAUAGCAUCCUACUUUCGUGACCCGCCAAACAUCAAUAAAAAAAAUCCGAC